CAAGUAUUUGGGCGACAAAUAGGAGAAGCCAUGGAUUGUGUCGAGUAUUUCAUUUCGUGUGAAAUAUUGCGACAAAUCUUAGAAAGUGUUCAGUAUUUGCAUGAAUUGAAUCCACAGAUUAUUCACAGAGACCUCAAACCAGAAAACAUAUUGAUUGCCAAACAUGUAAGGAACGGUAGAUUUAUUAAGUUAUGUGACUUUGGUUUGGCUGUCGAGCACCGGACGGAAACACAGAGCCACUCAAAAAAUAAGGGAACUCCUAAAUAUAUGGCACCAGAGUUAGACCAAUCAAAGUAUUCUACAAAAGCAGAUAUUUAUAGUUUGGGUAUAAUUUCGAUGGAAUUGUUUGAUAUAUUAGAUGGAAGUGAACUGGUUAAAUAUACAAACACACCACUACACGAAAGCUUUAAAAAUAUACUAGGUGUUUUUAGGUCAAUGGUUAACUACGUU